AUGAGCCCAUCCAUCAUAACCCCUACCCUCUUACACACCUUGAGGACGUGGCCGCAUCUACCAUCAAAUACAUGGUACUUUAUUACGAGCGUGACCCUAUCCUUCCUAAAUCGUCCGGAUGAAAUCCCAAAAGUCUUCCAGCACGCCAUAGAGAAAGCUCCAUCGUCCACUGAGAAAUCGUCGAAGCAGGAUGAGCACUUGAUUAUUGCCAGACGAAUGCGUGAAGCACUUGUCAAGGCGGCGGCUAUAGGGGGUUUACCUAAGACUAUCAACGCCCUCCUCGCACUAAAAAAUGCAACUCCAGCUCAUCUUAUAGAUGAACCGCUAGGCUUCUCGCCAACCUCACGCCCCUUAGAGAUCUACGAUGUACCUGCGUCGCAGAUACUGCAACGGGGGCAGACUUUCUUCGACAGAGUCUACGGUAAGGUAUCGAGGCGGGUAAUGGGCCAGAUGGAUCGAUCUGGAACGGAAGAUCUUGGUUUGACGGCUCGACUGAUGUAUGGUUAUAUUCUGAGUAACACCAGCGUCUUGACGGCUGCUGAGACUAGUUUUGUGUUAAUAGCCGGUCUUAUACCACAAGAUGUGAAUCCACAACUGAAAGGUCACCUCAAGGGCGCCAUAAACAAUGGAGCAACGUUUGAGGAAGUUCGUGCUGUUCGAAAUAUUGUCAUCAGAGUAUGCGAGGCAGCGGGUAUGAGGGCGUUAGGCGAACAUAGUCUUGAUGGCUGGGGUUGGCAUGGCGAGGUUGCUAAGCUCUGA